UCAAGGACAGAAUCACAAAACUUGUACUUGGAAUGGAACUAAAAUAUCACAAAAGAAGAAGAAAACCUCUGGUCAAGCAAUGAAUCACAUGCCUUGAUAAGAAUAAGAGGCAAAGCAUAAGUCUUUACCUUUCACAUUCAUCUACAUUAUUAAUAACUUCAUUUUCUCAUAAAAAGUUCUCCAUGGUUGAUUUGCCGAGUCACUUUUCCAUGCACAGGAGGCAGCAAAUAUGCAACACCAGCGCCACCCGGUUACUAGCCCACAGCGGAGCAGACGCUCAACUAUCAAAGGAGAAGUUGUCGUUGUCCAGAGCCAUAAACAAUCUGGUUCGGGAAAAUCAGCUUCUCUUCGAUUAUAUAGUUCGACAGAAGUUGAUCCAAAAACUGGCAAAGGCAAGUUGAGCAACCAAGCUUACCUCAAAUGUGGAACCACCAAAACAGAUGAUGGUGAAAAAUCCAGAACAUAUAGGGUCAAGUUCCAGGUUGAACCAAACUUUGGAAAUCCAGGAGCUUUGGUUGUAAGAAACCGAGGCAAGAAUAGGUUUUUCCUCCAAUCUGCAUCUCUUCAAAUCCAGAACAAUCAGAUUAUACUUUUCGACUGCCACUCCUGGGUGUAUCCAUUCCGAACGACCAAAAAUUUAGAUCGAAUUUUCUUUGCAAAUACUAAAUAUCUUCCGCAUCAAACACCCAAAGCUCUAAUAGAACUGAGGAAGGAAGAGCUUAUUAGCUUGAGAGGAGAUGGAACUGGGGAGAGGAAAGAAUGGGAACGAAUUUACGAUUAUGAUUACUACAAUGACCUCGGGGAUCCUGACAAAGGCGAAGAACACAAUAGACCUGUCUUGGGUGGGUCGGAAUUACAUCCAUAUCCGCGCAGAGGAAGAACAGGCCGCCAUCCUAGCAAGGCAGGUAUACAACUUCUCUUUCUUCUCAUUUCAAUUUUGUUGUCAGAUACCAUUAACCUGGACAUAUACGUUCCUCCGGAUGAGAGGUUCAGCCCCAAGAAACAAUCUGAGUUCGCAUCAAACUCGAUCCAGGCUGUCCUGCAUUUCCUGACCCAUAAGGUAGAAUCUGUGAUACAGCCCGGUUCCAAUCAUUUUGAGUCAUUUGAUGAGAUACAUGACAUGUUUUCUCGCAACAAAAGUCAAGUAGUUGAGGGCGCUCUCAAAGAGAAACUGAAAGCUUUAGUACCAAAAGAGUUUUUCAAAGAAGUUACUCAUGCAAUCAAGAACCCCUUGAAAUUUCCAGUUCCUCAAAUCAUAGCAGAAAACGAAUUUGCAUGGAAGCAUGAUGAGGAGUUCGGCCGCCAAAUGCUUGCAGGAAUCAAUCCAGCACGAAUACGAUCCUUGGAGGUAUUUCCACCACGAAGCAAAAACGGACAAGUGAGUUUAAUAGAGCAAUCAGACAUAGAGCACAACCUCGAAGGAAUGACUCUUCCUCAGGCAAUGAACAAAAGGAGAAUGUUCAUCUUGGAUCACCAUGACUAUCUCAUGCCCUUCUUAAGCCAAAUCAACUCAAAGGAUGUUUGUACUUACGCAUCCCGUACACUACUAUUCUUGAAGAGCGAUUUCACACUAAAGCCAAUAGCAAUAGAACUUAGUUUGCCGGGUUUAGAAGUAAACAACGAGAUCAAUUGGGUAGUUCAACCGGCAAGUCAGGGCGAAGCUGCAGCACUGUGGCAAUAUGCUAAGGCCCAUGUUGCAGUUAAUGACUCUGUCUAUCAUCAACUAGUCAGCCAUUGGUUGCAUACACAUGCGGUGGUUGAGCCAUUCAUCAUUGCUACUAGAAGGCAGCUCAGUGUGAUGCACCCAGUCCAUUGGCUACUAGAUCCUCAUUUCAAAGACACCAUGCACGUAAACGCUCUGGCUCGGAGUAUGCUCAUUAACUCUGGUGGAAUCCUUGAGAAGACAUUGUUUUCUGCUGAACUCUCGAUGCAGUUAUCUGCUGAGCUCUACAAAGAGUGGCGAUUUGAUGAACAAGCCCUUCCUGCUGAUCUACUUAAAAGAGGUAUGGCCAUAGAAGACCCAGAUCCGAAUAACCCUUCCGGGGUUCGGCUCCUUUUCCAGGACUAUCCCUAUGCUGCAGAUGGACUUGAGAUAUGGACUGCUAUCCAGACUUGGGUAACAGAUUUUUGCAUGCUCUUCUACACAGACGACGUUUCUGUAAGAUCUGAUGAAGAAAUCCAAGCAUGGUGGUCUGAAAUCCGAAACGUUGGUCACGGUGAUAAGAGCAGCGAGACAUGGUGGUACCAGAUGGCAUCACGCGAGGACCUCAUCAAAGCUUUGACAACUCUUAUAUGGAUUGCAUCAGCCUUGCAUGCUUCAGUAAACUUUGGGCAAUAUGCAUAUGCUGGUUAUCCUCUAAAUCGUCCCACACUGUGCCGAAGGUUCAUUCCUGAGGAAGGAACAUUUGAAUAUGCAGAGUUCUUGACGGAUCCAGACAAAUACUACCUUAACAUGUUGCCUGAAAGGGGUGAGAUGAUCUUGGGUAUAGCACUUGCAGAGGUGCUCUCACAACACACGUCGGAUGAAGUGUACUUGGGUCAGAGGCCAUCAACAAUGUGGAUACAUAAUGAACAGGUUAGCGAUAAGUUUGAAAAGUUCAAAAGAAAACUUCGAAUGUUAGAGGAAAGAAUUGAGUGCAAGAACACCGAUCCCAGGCUUACCAACAGACGGGGGCAUGCCAAGAUUCCUUACAUGCUUCUGUACCCUGAUACACCCAAUGUUGAAUCCAGAGGGGGCAUCACGGGGAAGGGGAUUCCAAACAGUAUAUCAAUUUGACAUGUUUUAGGCAGUAUGAAAGAUAUGCGACUUUUCGAGCCCAGGAGCCGCACCAUAAUGUAUUUUAAUUUAUAUGAAAACAUGGAAAUAUGUACACAACACUUCUCUAUAGAACACCUGGCUAAAUAGCACAAAACAAUCAUAGAAGAUGAAAGAUAAGAUAUGGAAUACAUAAAGAUGAGCAGAAAGGUUCUCCCAGACAUGACCUUAGAACUUAGGCUAUCCUGAGUGCCCAAGCUACGUUAUGAAUUUAUGAUUCAUAUAGCCCAUGAAAUGAUCAUGAAAAUCACUGUCUUAAUGUUGAAUACAUUGGUGGUUUUAUCAUCAACAUCGACCAUGAACAGUGAACGGUGCAGAGUUAACCUUCUCAGAAUUUC